UAAACGAAGAGAGUAUAUAAAAAUAAAAGAUCAAAGGUUCCACUUGUCUACCUCGUGUUUACAGUAUAUGUAUCGUCCCACGUAAAAUCUCCCCACAAGCUUUCUUCACACACACAGAUACAGACAGAAAAGAAACAAAGAAGAGAGAGAGAGAGACCUACACACACACACAAAAAAAAAAAUCCCAUUAUUAUUUGCUUGGUCUCUCUCUCUAUCUUCUUUUUCUGUAUAAAAAUUAUUUGGGAAUUUUUACAAUCAGACAUUAAUUCUAAUUGGGUCCUUUUUAUCAGCACGUAGGAGCUGUGAUUGUAGUUCAUGAGGUUCAAAAGAGAACCAAAAGCAGUGUGAUUCAAAUUGAACAAGUGCUUUCUGCCAGAUCCUUAUUGCACUAGUUGCUCUGUGCUAUGUGGAAAUCCAUUUCAAAUGUCAUCCCAAGCUUUGGUCAGAAGAAGGAUUCUGCUACACCCAGUCAAAUUUGUCAUGAAUACUCAGAUGACGAUGAUGAUAUUUGCUCUAAUGACAGCACUGAGGAAGGACUAGAAUGCCCAAUAUGUUGGGAUUCAUUUAACAUUGUUGAGAAUGUUCCCUAUGUAUUGUGGUGUGGCCACUCUCUUUGUAAGAAUUGUCUGUUGGGACUUAAACCGGCUUCCGUGAAGAUAUCCACUCAACAAAUCCAGAUUCCAUUGUUUGUUUCCUGCCCAUGGUGCAAUUUGCUGACACUUCGAUUGUUUUACCAAGGAAAUCUCAAGUUUCCUAGCAAGAACUUCUUCCUCCUCUGGAUGGUGGAGAGCAGAAAUGGUGACAGGAUGAAGUCUCCGUCUACCAUUUACAAUGAUCAACUAGUGUGCUCCUUCCCUUGUACUUCAAUGACCAGGAGCCAGAGUUCUGUCACGAACUGCAGGAUGGCUCAUCGUCUAGGCUCUUCAGGAUCCGACACUAGUGGUCCUAGCAAUACAAGUGGUACCCGUACAAUGCAAAGGGCCCAAUUCUCUCUUCAGAAGUCCCUUGAUUUCUUUUUCCGGUUGACAUCCAAAUUUCCGUUGGUUGUUGUACUUCUUCUGGUUGUUAUAUUUGUGAUACCUUCCAGCGUGAGCAUCUUGAUUCUAUACCUGGUGAUCACAAUUCUCUUUGGACUUCCAUCUUUUCUAGUAUUAUACUUCGCUUAUCCUGCUCUAGAUUGGUUGGUGAGGGAAAUUACCGCUUGAAGUGAUUCCGUCCAAUUUGUUUGAGAAUUAUUUCCUAGAGUUAUGAGGAUGUAAUUGUAAUAGAAAGUACUGUCUACACUAGUAAACAUUGUCUCGCCAGUUUGAUCUUAGUUUUCAUAUCAAGAGAUGGUGUAAAUAUUUGUUGGGUUUCUCGGAAGUUAAUGUUAAUUUUCCUUCAGAGCUUG